AUGGAACAACGAUUUUUGACACUCCCCGAACUCACUGCAAUGGUGUUCAAAAACCUCCCUGACUUCAACAGCCUCCUUUCAGCGAUGCAAACUUGUCGGGAUCUAUAUUCGUGUUAUCAGGAUAAUGAGAAAAGCAUCAUCACUUCGAUCUUUUCGACUAUUCUUCAAAACGCAAUUCGCUAUGACCGUCAACAUGGAUUGUUAGGACCAGGUCUGAUAAUUCAGCAGUUGAUCGUUGCUAUCAAAAGCGCUUGUGUCAACCGGGAUGUUGUUCUUCAGAUUUUCACAGAUGCUUGGAAAUACCUCUAUGAAAAGGAUCUUGAAGAGUUACUCAUUCCAAUUGCAAUGGGGUUGGCGUGGUCUUUAGUGUUGGAUGAUCGCAAACAAGACGCCAUCAACUUCUUGACACAAAUCUAUGAACACCGCCCACCGUUUCUCUUAUCUUCGUUCAGACUAUCUGUGAAACACUAUCGUCGUCCUGAGAAGCAUCCAGAGUCUCCUUCUACUUUUGCACCGCUUGAAUACCUUUUGUACAAACUCAGCAAGGAAAAUAUGCAUUUCUCGGAAGCAGAAUCAGAACAACGCCUUCUAAAAUAUAUCUACCAUCGAGGAGAAAUGCUUCAAAAGCUUCCAGCCGCUCUUAUCUCCCGUUACGGGAUAAAGUUUUUUAUGACCGAGGAUCGGCUACAAAAUGGGAUCCGCAUCGAAGAAGACUUGGUGUUAGUGAGAAUCAGCAGUUGGCCACGUCCCUGGACAUUAUCUAGCGACACUGAAAUAAAAGAUCUGAUGAGGUCACUCCAGAGAAAGAAGGCGAAUAAAGUUAGCAGAAGAAGGAAGAACUAUAUGAGCAUCUAG